UUUUUAUUUUAUGCCUGGUCAGCGGUUUCCAGUCCAGUUACACAACAUCCAGAUACAGCUGUGUUUGGUGUCAAAAUAUCUCAAAAUUAUGAUGCUUGCUUCACGUGAUAUUCAAUAAUGAAAAGUUCUAUGGAAGCUAUGGAUGUUGAUCCAAUAUUUGGUAGUUCUGGAAGAGAAGAACUUGUUCUGGAGCAAGCUACAGUUUUCCUCGAAGACGCUGUCAGAUAUCGUUCAAUACAUCACAAGAUUGAUCACCAAUCACUACGAAUCUAUCGUUUAUACUACAGCCCACUUAUAAGAUGGGGGCUGACUUUUGUCAUAAUAUUAGACUUGUGUUUGGCUUUUUUUGAGCAUCCAUCUUCACUAACUCUUUCAUCAGACCCUCGUUUUCGUGGACCAAGACCGCAUGUUCCCUGUGGUGUAUUAGAAGUGUUGGAAAUAUUAUUCUUGUUGUGUUUUGUGUGUGAUGUUAUUGUUAAGAGCCAUGUUCUUGGUAGACGUCAGCUUAUUAAGAAUCGUUGGUUGUUGGCUUACAUAUCAAUAUUACUGAUAUCAUUUGUGGAUGUCUUUGUUAGCUUAAGCAYUGGAUGUAAAGAGGUAAUAAGAAUACGUCGUCUUCUACGGCCCUUUUUCUUGGUUCAGAACUCAUCAUUAACAAAGAAGUUGCUCAGAGCAAUAAGAAGAACUCUCCCAGAAAUAAUGAGUGUUCUUUUCUUGCUGUUCCUUCACUUGUGUUUCUUCACCAUGUUUGGGAUGCUUCUGUUUCCGAGAAAGCCUUGGUCUGAUGUUACCAAGAAUGUAACACAGAAUAUUGAGCAACUUUGCAGCCAUAACUCAUCUUCAGACAGUGGGGCUAUUUGUGAGGGAUCAAAAUUUUUCACAGAUUUGGUGGUCUCGAUGAGAAGUUUAUUUGUUCUUUUAACAACAGCAAAUAACCCAGAUGUAAUGAUGCCAGCCUACAUGAAAAACAGAUUCUAUUUCAUUUACUUUUUUCUGUUCACACUUAUUGGUCUUUACUGCUUUCUGAACUUAUUGACAGCUGUCAUUUAUAAUCAGUUUAGAGGUUAUUUGAUGAAAUCACUUGAGUCCAGUCUGUUUCGUAAGAGGCUUGGUGUCAGAGCAGCAUUUGAAGUUCUCUGUACCCUCAAUGGUACUGCAGAGGAUGAUAGCCAUAGUGAUUUGGUCCCAAAAGAUACAGUCAAGGCUGUCAUAGAGAAAGCAUACUUAACCAAUCGGAAAAAGCAGAUUUUAAAUGAUGCUGUAAGAGAGAAUCACGGUGGUACCUACAAUUCCCAACAAUUCCAGGAUCUGUUUGAUGUGUUAGACUGUCUAGGCAAAACCAAGCAUCGACCGCCAAUGAGUUUUGUUGGUAACAUUGUGAUGAGAAAGGUCCAGUUAAUAGUUUCCAGUCAUUUGUUUGACUACUUUGGGGACUUUAUAGCRGGAGUUAAUGUCAUAUUCGUAUCGAUUAUGCUCCAUGCUCAAUAUGACAGUUCCGUCAAAUCAAGUCAUUCUGCACUUGCAGUAGCAAAUUUCUUUUUUGUGUUAUACUAUCUCUUUGAACAGGCCAUGAAAUUAUGGUCCCUUGGGUGGCAGCGCUAUAUAUCUUURAAGGGAAAUAAGUAUUGUGGAGUUGUAACACUGCUCUUAGUGGUACUGGAACUAAUUUUUUUAGGUCUGCAUGGCUCACCCUUUAGCUCCACAACCACGAGUCCUGAUGACAACGAUUCGUUAGACUAUCUACUUUCUGUGGCCAACUUAACACGAAUUAUCAACAUGUUAAUCAUCUUUAGACUUCUCAGGAUUGUGCCGAAUAUAAGGGCUCUCUCUCUUGUUACUGAAACUCUGAUGAACCUUCUACGUAACCUUUCUCCUUUUGCAGGCCUGAUUGUGGCUAUUUAUUAUGUGUUUGCUGUUCUUGGCAUGAUUCUAUUUCCUAAAGUCACUGACCCAACAGAGAGAUGUGCCAUCAAAGACAAUAGUACAGCAAAACCUUGCUCAACUCUAUCUUAUGAUCAACUGGAGUAUUAUGCUAAUAAUUUUGAUGAUUUUGCCGCUUCAUUAGUACUAUUAUGGGAUAUCAUGGUUGUAAAUAACUGGCAUGUUUUCCUGAAGGCAUAUGCACAGCUUGUUAAUGGCUGGUCACAGCUGUAUUUUCUGGCUUGGUAUUUGGUGUCUGUAAUCAUUAGUAUCAAUCUGUUUGUGGCACUCAUUCUUGAGGCCUUUGUUGAUCAAUGGGAAACAAGACAGAGACGAAAUCGAUCAAACUCAGCUACAACUCUACAGACACAAGAAGAUGUAACAAGGUUUCAUCAAAUGUUCAGGGCUGCACUCCAUGAACCACAAGAAAUUGAGAUUUUAUCAGAGCUAAAGAACCAUGAAUUCCUAACACUGAACAUUUCAGAGCUCAUAAUUGAUUGACAGAUCAAAUCAGGUGUGAUUGUGGAGCACGAUUCGUUCUCUAUGAAGGCUGUCAAUCACUGUGUAUGCUGAUUAAUAUCCAAGAGAACCCAAGAUUAUAUGGCUUGUAGAUCUGUGCCCAUCUACAACUUCAUUUUCAGCUGGGACAUGAGUUCUAUAAUAUUCAUCACAUAAUAAGAAAAAGAAAAUACAUUUCUUGAUCUCAGAACAUGUGACCACAUUCCAUAAAAGAUCAAAUCAUAACAACUUUAAAUACGCCAUAACAAUAGACAUUUAUAACAUUUAUUAUAGAUUAUCAGAAAAUAUUAAAAGUAUCAAUAACACUGUUAUCUUAUUAAGACAUUGACACACAAAAAAGGAAAUAUUUGCAACAUUUUUUGAAAUACAUUUUUUGAAAUACAUAAAAAAWWUAUUUUUUAAAGAAACAUUCAAUGUUCAUGGUGAUUGUAAUCAUGUUUUGAAAUGAUACAUAUUACCUUAUAUUGGUUAACAUUAAAGGUAUUUCUAUAUUAGAUUUUGAAGCAAUAAAAAUACAAUGUAGUGUUUUAUAUAAUAAACGUGGGAUUGAUAAUCAAGAAUGAGGUAUUGUACGAAAAUARUGUAAAUCUUGUGAAUAACUUUUGAAUAAAUUGUAAAGAAUUCAAGUUGUUUAAAUCAAACUUAUUGUUUUACCAAAUUYCUAUUGUUCAGAUGUGUAAAAGKCAAUGUUUUACCACAUUUGCAAAUAUCAGUACUUCUGUUGCACCAAAUUACAACUUUGAACAUAAAAGCAUAUGACCCUUAACCUAAGAUUAUGUCAAUAGUGUAACAAUACAUUAAUUAUAUACUUGUUUCUGUCAUUUUUCUCUUGACAACCAAYAUUUCUUGAGAACAACUUAAAUAAUGGAUGUUGAUGUGUUUAUAACCAAAAUGUUAAUGUGCAUUCAUUAAAAUGCACGAAGCUUGAAACUGAACACUCUCAUUAUUAUAAUUAUACAUGUAAAAACCUACC